AUGGUAUUGAUCUUGUUCCAGGGAUUUGUAGAUGGUGACCUCUCUAAAAUCCAGUAUGGAGGUGCAAAUGUGUCUGGCUUUCAGAUAGUAGAUUUUGAUGAUCCUGUGGUGGCAAAGUUUGACCAACGAUGGGAGGCCCUGGAAGAGAAGGAGUAUCCUGGAGCUGAUACACGGAUCAGAUAUACCUCAGCCCUCACCUAUGAUGCUGUCCACGUGAUGACAGAGGCAUUCCGCUUUCUUCACAAGCAGAGAAUAGACAUGAGUCGUCGUGGCAACAGUGGGGACUGUCUAGCCAAUCCGGCAGUGCCUUGGGCACAGGGGGUGGAGAUUGAACGUGCCCUCAAACAGCAAGCGGAUCAGCGGCGCACGGCCGUCACGGUCAGGGUCUGCUUCGACCAGCGGGUGUUGGGAAUGCUAGGUUACUGCGUUGACCUGGCUGCAGAGAUUGCAAAGCACUGUGGAAUACGCUACCAGCUAAGAAUUGUGGGAGAUGGCAAAUAUGGAGCAAGAGAUGCAGAAACCAAGAUCUGGAAUGGUAUGGUUGGAGAGCUGGUGUAUGGGAAAGCAGAUAUAGCAGUUGCUCCCCUGACAAUCACUCUUGUUCGUGAAGAGGUGAUAGAUUUCUCCAAACCCUUCAUGUCUUUGGGAAUCUCCAUCAUGAUCAAAAAGCCACAGAAGUCCAAACCAGGAGUCUUCUCCUUUCUGGACCCACUAGCCUAUGAAAUCUGGAUGUGCAUUGUCUUUGCCUACAUAGGAGUUAGCGUUGUGCUCUUUCUGGUAUCCAGAUUCAGCCCCUAUGAGUGGACGCUAGAGGAGCCAGAGGAUGGAGCUUUGCCUCUAACAACUGAAUCCACCAAUGAGUUUGGAAUCUUUAACUCCCUUUGGUUCUCUUUGGGUGCUUUCAUGCGGCAGGGUUGUGACAUCUCACCAAGGUCUCUUUCAGGUCGUAUAGUGGGGGGUGUGUGGUGGUUUUUUACUCUGAUCAUCAUCUCGUCAUACACUGCCAACCUAGCUGCCUUCCUGACAGUGGAGAGGAUGGUUUCUCCCAUUGAGAGUGCUGAAGACCUGGCUAAACAGACAGAAAUAGCAUAUGGAACCCUGGACUCUGGAUCCACCAAGGAGUUCUUCAGGCGCUCUAAAAUCGCCUUGUUUGACAAGAUGUGGCAGUACAUGAAAUCAGCAGAACCUUCCGUCUUUGUCAAGAAAACAUCGGAGGGGGUCCUGCGUGUCAGGAAGUCCAAAGGGAAGUAUGCCUACCUGCUGGAGUCCACCAUGAACGAGUACAUCGAGCAGAGGAAACCUUGUGACACCAUGAAAGUGGGAGGAAACCUGGACUCCAAAGGCUAUGGCAUCGCAACACCCAAAGGAUCCCCAUUAAGGUGGGUGGAUCAGUAUAACAAUGCUAGCCAACCUGCACUGCCAUGUACCAUUCACACUACUAACCUGCUGCCUAGCAUACUGUUCCUCUCCCCAUUCACACAGUUAAUUUCUCCACACCUUUAAACUUGCGCUGAGUGGAUUCAGAAACUUCCUCCCUUAGUGCACUGAAGUCUUAACAGUAAUGAUCAGAAUACACUGGCUGACUACCUGCUAUAGCAGUCAGGUGGUUUUUAGCCAGCGUGUGAGCUGUGGCUGUGCUCAAGAAAAUAAACCACCAUGGGGAGCAAUGUAGUCUGGUCCCACGACUUAGUACUCAGUACUGAGUGUUGCAGUAUGCGAGUGUGAUGAAUGGGGCAUGGCGGCUUACUCGUUGUUAUAAUAAUCCACCUACCCUGAUGACAUCAUCUCAGUGGUUUGUAUUUUGACCAUGGUUACCACCUCUGACCAAUGUCUAGUGGUGGUUGCUGUGACAUUUUUGGAGGGCCAUUAAAGUUUGAGAUUUCAGGUCUUAAAGAAAUGCUUUAUCACAAAAAAUUUAUUGGGUAUACACUUUGGAUAAUGUAGUCCUCUUCUUUGUAUUAUUAAAUGUGAUAACUUGAUACAAUGAUCAAUGUGAAAUAUUCUCAGCCAUAUGCUGUUUUAUUUAUUGUCUUUAUAAUUUAAAACUGAUUUAAUGUUCUUUCUAAUGAGGAGAAAUUGGUUGCAGGUUUUUAACAAUUAUGAUGAGCUGGCUCUUUAAGACCUGGAUCAAAGGACUGUUGUUUAUGUGUUUAUGACCUAAACAUUUGUUUGUGUGUGUGUGUGUGUGUGUGUGUGUGUGUGUGUGUGUGUGUGUUUGUGUAAAAACAUUUGUUUUCCAUUAGAAAUGUAUCGUCUCUCCUUCCAAAGAAAUAAUUGGACAUAUAUUCUAAGUACAUAUUUUAUAGAGAUAAGACUUUAGUCAUUAAUCCAAUUCCCUCAGAACUUCUUGUUUUAGAAACUUUCUAAGUCGUUUAAUAGCGGGAAAGAGUAUAUUUAAAAUUCUUUGAAUUUACCUGUGAAUAUUAUAUUCCAUUUUCUGCCAAUAGAAAAUCCUUAAAGGUCCAGUGUGUAACAUUUAAGAAGAUCUAUUGGCAGAAAUGGAAUAUAAUAUUCAUAUGUUUUCAUUAGACUAUAAUUAUCUGAAUAUAGGAAUUGUUGUUUUACCUUAGAAUGAGGUGUAUCUUCAGACACCAAGGUUUGCCUUCCAUGGAGGCCGCCAUGUAGAACCGCCAUUCUUCUACAGAAGCCUUCGGUUUCUUCUACAUGUUUUCAGUGGAUGAGUUAUAGAUUUAAUAAAUAUCUAUGACAAAUCCAUGUGCACAGCAUUGAACAAUGACAGCAACGUCUCUUUCCAGAAGCCAGUCGCUCUGACACAGACUUUUUUUGUCUGAGUAACGUUUAUGUUUGGUUCAAACCAUAUACAUUGCAACUGAAGUUACAUCCACAGUGAAGAAAUUUUACCCUCCUCUAUACAUUUUUAGUGACCAAAAAGGCCAGGUCCCUCACUUGCGCAGUCAAAAACAUUCCACUACAGAAUAUAUAAAUAAUGAAAAUGAUGAAAAUUAAAAUAAAUAAUGAGGUGUGUGUGUGUCUGUGUCUGUGUGCGCGGGUUGGUGCAUGUGCAUUGAGCUGCAUGAUAGUCCCUGAAUUUGUUUCUCACUUUUGUGUCGUUUCAGCUUCUCUCUCUCCUUGUCUCUGUGUUGCUGUCUCUCUCAGUUGGCUCUGAAAGCUAACUUUUUUCUGCACAAUGUAUUUAUGUUUUGAUGACGAUUGCAGUUACUUGUCUGUGUCAAUUUGCAGUUAUAGCUACAUUAAGCGAUUUUUAUAUAAUUGAAAUAAUACAUUUUAUUUAUAAGUGCUUUUCUAAGUAGUCAAAAACAGUAUACAUAAAAACAUUAAAGCAGUAAAACAACAACAAAUAGUAAAACACUAAAAACACAUUAGACCAAGCUAAACAUUAAAAGUAAAUAAUACUCCAGUUUAUAGCUGAUUUGUUGACAGCUUAAACAGAGCCACCUGGACAUCCCAGUGGAUUUUUUUGGUACAGUAAUUAGCUGCUGGGCGUCUGUUGCCCCCCUUUUCCUUCCCUUACUAUACACACCUGCUGGAAUGUUACAUGCCUCAGGGUUUGCUGUCAUUUGAUUAAAUCACAACUAAUGUUGGAAUAUGCACCAUUAAAGCACAAUAGAAGCCAAAAUGGAUAACUAGAAACUAGAUUUUAAAAAAAAGACAAAUCUUCAAGGCAUGACUUGAAGAUCAGGUCGUAAAGUAGCACCCACCUGAAGAAUGCCCUAAUUAUGUCCGGUAUAAUCAGUGAUCUAAUAGUGCAUAAUCCAAAAAAAAGUUCUAGUCAGUCACUUUUUGGGGCCCUAAAUAAAUAAAUCGGGAAUUAUUAAAUAAAAGUUCCUUGAAAUAAAUAAAUGUAGCCAUUGCCAAGUGCUUGCUCAUGGUGUGAACUGUUGGGUCUCUGUAAAUAAUUAAAAAAGAGUACGGUCCAGAAUCCUGAGAUAACUUUUGUUAUGAUUUAGCACUAUACAAAUAAAACUCAAUUAAAUUAAUUUUUUUUUUUUUAAAUUAUUUAACAUUUAUUUAAUAUCAACUCAACUGGCAUUAUCAAAAUCUGUUGGUGUCAUCAUUACAAUGUAACUUUUACAGUAAGCCCUCCUUGAUGAAAAAAUAACCACACUCAGAUAUGUCCACAAGGUUAGUCUUUAGCCUCUGAUAUUAAUUAGUUAACACAUAUUUCCGUGUUAAAAAGUGUAAUAGCUAAAAUAUAAAAUAAGGUACAUUUGAUGGGGACUUCUCAACAUUUAUGAAAUGUUGCAUCAUGAAUUGAACACAGCUGUAUUGAAACAGUAAAUUAAUUUUUUAUAAAAUUUGAGUCAGUUUUAUAGAUAACAGUAGGAUGUAGGAUUUAGUGGCAUUUAGCGGUGAAAGUGCAUAUUGCAACCAAGUGAAUACAGCGGACUCUUGUAGAAUGCAAGGAGAUUCUCAGGUGGCAGUAUAAUGAAAAAUGCAUAUUAAUAUUAUAUUCUGUUUCUGCCAUAUUCUGCAAAUAGAACCUCCUAAAUCGUACACACUUGACCUUUAUAUAUGUAAGACUGAUAGAGUUAAGUUUAAAAACUUAAGAGGAAGUUCAGAAGGGCAAGAGAGUUGUAUUCUGAUGACGUACAUCUGUAGCACCAGCAACCGUUUCACACUACUUCAAUAAUACAUUUUAUUACCAAAAAUAUCGCUUAAUGGAGCUUUAAGUUUAAAUCUUUGGUAGAAUUACUAUAUAAUUGCUAUUGUUGUACUCUAACAUGGUAGAACCAGAUACAUAUUUUUCAAUUUUGAUGACUUUCAGUUAGUAAUACUCUUGAUUCAGAACUAAAUAGUGGAUGAGUUAUUCACUGAACUUCUGCAAACAUUAUUUUCCACUUUUCUCAUGUCUCUGCUUCUAGCAUGAUUUUCCUGAUGUCUUAAUGUUUUUUUUUCAUGUUGCUACUAUUUAAGUUAAAGUGUGUAAUUAAUGUUAUAAUGUCAAUGGCGUGUUUAGUGCAGAAGACAGAAAAUUCAAGUGCUCAAACCGUUUGGCAUAUGAAAAUU